GUGGGUGGAUCCAGUGUGCUCUUUCCAGUUUUAGAGCUGUGACUAAUAUUGUCACCUGCCUCUGCUGUGGAUAAAGAAGGAGGAGAAGUCAAACAUCAAUGGCAACAGACAAGGCAGACGCAACGCCACCAGAGACAGAAGCAUCUCUAAAGCCGGAGACCAGCCCACCACCCACAUCACCCAGUCCUGCACCAGCCAAACCACCAGCCAGCAAAGCUCCAGCACCUCCAAAACCAGAGCUCAAGCUGGAUUCUGCACUGAUGGCGGAGUUCAGCAACGAACAGAUCGAAGACUUUAAAGAGGCGUUCCUGCUGUUCACUAGAACCGCUUCAGGGCAGAUCUCUUACGGUCAGUGCGGGGAUGUGAUGAGGGCCCUGGGUCAGAACCCAACCAAUGCAGAGGUUCUGAACGUGCUGGGCAAGCCAAAGCCUGAAGAAAUGGAGUCCAAGAUGAUUGAUUUUGGGACGUUCAUGAACAUGUUUCAGCAAAUCUCAAAGACCCCGGAUAAAGGCUCGUAUGAAGACUUUGUGGAGGGGCUGCGUGUGUUUGAUAAGGAAGGGGACGGAACAGUGAUGGGUGCUGAACUUCGCCAUGUUCUCGCUACUCUAGGUGAGAGAUUAACUGUUGGAGAGGUGGAGCAAGUCAUGGCAGGGCAGGAAGACACAAAUGGCUGCAUCAAUUAUGAAGACUUUGUUAAACACAUCAUGACAGGAUGAAGGAGUCGUUCAGAUUCCUGACAUCGCUCCGCCCAGUAGCUGCCUGAGAAAGAGAUCAAGCGUGACUGUCAUCCAGCUACAAAUCUAAUCAGUUCUGCAUGAUCAGCAGAUGCUCUAGAUGUCUCGGCUCUAAUUGAGUUGUUAGAUGUCCUCAGUUUGAAUGUAGAACAACAAAUAAAAUGGAUUUUGUUUUUCACUGGA